AUGGGAGCCAGCACUCAACCCAAAGCCUGUCAGUUCAAAUUAGUGUUACUUGGUGAAUCUGCAGUUGGCAAGUCAAGUCUGGUGCUACGAUUCGUAAAAGGACAGUUUCAUGAAUAUCAAGAGAGCACAAUAGGAGCGGCAUUCCUCACUCAAACGAUCGUCCUUGACGACACCACUGUUAAGUUUGAAAUAUGGGACACAGCUGGACAAGAAAGAUAUCAUAGUUUGGCUCCCAUGUACUAUCGCGGUGCUCAAGCAGCCAUUAUUGUUUAUGAUAUUACUAGUCAGGACACAUUUUUGAGGGCGACCAAUUGGGUGAAAGAACUACAAAGACAGGCCAGUCCAAACAUUGUUAUGGCCCUUGCAGGUAACAAAUCUGAUCUUGCAAACAAACGAAUGGUUGAAUAUGCGGAUGCUCAGCAGUAUGCCGAGGAGAACAAUCUGCUAUUCAUGGAGACAUCUGCUAAAACUGCUGCCAAUGUCAAUGAUAUAUUCCUGGCUAUUGCAAAAAAACUUCCAAAGAGUGAUCCAUCAGCCAAUCCUGUUCGUUCACAAGGCGUCGACCUCAGCCAAGCCAACCAAUCACAAUCUUCUGGCUGUUGUAAAUAG